UGUGUCUGCAGGUCCUGUGUGUGUCCAGCAUGAGUAACAUCUAUGAGUCUGCAGAGGCGACCCUCGGCCUGUGCAACUCUUCCUGUCUGACCAAGGUAGCUCAUAAACACUUGAUUGAUUGAUUAACAAAUUGAUUCAUUGACAAAUUGAUCAAAUGAUUGAUUUAUUGAUGACAGGUUGAGCUGAGAGUGGCUUGUCGAGGGAUCUCAGACCGAGAUGCCCUUUCUAAACCAGACCCCUGUGUUGUCCUCAAGAUGCAGUCACAUGGGCAGUGGUUCGAGGUACUGUCUCUCCCUCCAUCUCUCUCUCGCUCUCUCUCUCCCCCGUUUCUCUCCCUUUCUGUCUCUUCGUGCCUGACUCGACAAGAAAAUAAAAGCUGACUUUUGCUUUUGCCACAGUACACACGCGCGCGGCGCACACACACACAACACACAUCUUAUCUAAAGAUCUCUCUCUCUCUAGAGAGCUCCUCUCCUAAAGAAUAGCUCGAGCUCGAUAUUAGAUUCUCUCUCUUCGAGAUGCUCUCUAUCUAGCUCUCUCUCUCUUCUCUCUGCAUCUCUCCUCUCUCUGCUCUCAUCGCUCUCUCUCUCUCUCUGUCUCUCUCGUUCUCUCUCUUUCUCUCUCACUUUCUCUCUCUCUCACUCUUUCAACCCGCACCGACAGAAGUAGUUUCUUUCCUCUGAGAGUCUAAAGCCUCUUAGUAAAGACCAGAAGACCAGAACCAAACUCUUUGAGUGGUUCAUCAGGAGAAUGCAGUUAGAUGUCUCUAAAUCCUAAACAAUCUGCUCCCCUUAUGUGGCUGGAAUUUUAAAGAAACAAAGGAGAGGUCUAUUUUGGUUUGGUUGGAAUUUGUUCCCUAUUAUUAACAAUUCUAAAGUUUGAUUGGCAAAGUCAAUAUGGCUGAACAGGCUGACAAAGAGAAUUCAUAGCUCCAGGCUUUUAGUCUUCUUACUAACUGUUAGGCCUUACUGGUGGAUGUGUCUCCAGAGAUUCUCCCAGUGGGGACCUGAAACGAUUGCUGUCCACUGCCAUGUGCUGAGCUUGAGAAUGAUGAUGUCGCUGUCCGCUCCAGUGGGGCUGAAUCGUCAACAUUACCGCUUGUUUGUUUACAACAAUCACCAUUGGAUAUUUUACUCAUGUGACAACUUUAAAGUGUGUUUGCGUGUAUGCGUGUGUGCGUGCAUGCCUGUGUGCGUGCCUUUGUGUGUGUGUGUGCAUGAGUGUGUGUGUGUGUGUGUGCAUGUGCGUGCAUGUGUGUGUGGUGUGUGUGUGUGUGUGUAGGUGGACCGGACAGAGGUGAUCCGUAGCAGUAUCAAUCCAGUGUUUUCCAAGGUGUUUCUGGUUGACUUCUACUUUGAGGAGGUUCAGCGUCUUCGCUAUGAGCUACAUGACAUCAGCUCCGCUCACAAUGGACUCAGAGACACAGACUUCCUCGGAGCUAUGGAGUGCACGUUGGGACAAGUGAGUGUAUGUGAGGACAGGUGAGUGCAAAUGAGGAUAGGUGUGUGCACGUGAGGACAGGUGAGUGCACGUGAGGACAGGUUGAUACAUGUGAAGACAGGAUAGGUGUACGUGAGGACAGGUGAAUGCACGUUGGGACAGGUGUCUGCAUGUGAGGACAGAAGGAAAGAUUAGUGUGGUAUCUGCUAUAACCCUUUUCUACCUGUCUGUAUGUAUGUCUAUCUUUUUGUGUGCGUGUGUGCGUGUGUGUGUGUUGCAGAUCGUGUCCCAGAGGAAACUGUCCAAAGCGUUACUUAAACAGGGAAACACUACCAGCAAGUCCUCCAUCACAGUAUGAAGCUCUCACACACACACACACGUGCGCACACACACACACACACACACACAAACAGACGAUGCAAGCUCAGAUGAUGAUGAUAUUUCCGCUCUAGGUAACAUCAGAGGAGUUAUCAGGUAAUGAUGACUACGUAGAACUCUCCUUCAGCGCUCGCAAACUAGACGACAAGGUGAGUCUGUGUCUGUGUGUGUGUGUCUGUGUGUACAUACAAAAUACAGUGGGUUUAAUAAUUAGUACAUGUCUUCAGAGAUGAAAGAGUACAAUACUGAGGGAGAAAGGAGAAGGAAAUGAGAAGGAAAGAGGAAGGAAAGGAGAAUAUGGAGGAGGGGAUGAGAAGGAAAGAAGAGGAGGAGAGGAGGGGGAGAAGAGAGAGGAGAGAACAUGCAGAAGAGGAGGAGAGGAGAAGUGGAAGAGAGUGAUUAUUCCUUAGCUUACUAUUCCUUAGCUUCCUUAAAGAAAAUUAUGCACACAUGACUGCAAUUCGCUUUGGAUAAAAACGUCUGCUAAAUGGCAUAUACAUUUAAAUGAAAUAAGAAACAUAAAUUAGCGAAAUAAACAAUUGAUCAAGCUGAUCAUCAAACCAGAUGUCUGUGUUUUUCUGUAGGAUUUCUUCAGUAAAUCAGAUCCGUUUUUGGAAAUCUUCAGAAUAAAUGACGAUGGCAGCGGAUCACUAGUUCACAGAACUGAGGUAAGUCACACACA